UCUAACAAACUCACAGAAUUCUGUCAAGGCCGUAGCAUCCCGCAACCCGAAUACCUCAUCUACGAACUCGGUCCCCAACGCUUCGGUGCAACCUGCACCUUUCUCUCAGCCACCCACAAUGACCAGAAUCUCGCUUUCUCCAGCAAGAAAAUCGCAAAGACUGCUGCUGCUCGUACUGCCGUAUUAGCUUUGCGCGAGGAAGGUGUGUUGAAGGCACGUUGUGCUACUGUUGUGUCGUCGGUUGCUCCCGCCGUACCUGCCUUUGGUGGCUCGUUGCCUUUUGCCACUGCCGCUAGCACACCAAAAGUGCCUGUCAGCUCUACAGCUGCUGCAGCCCUCGCUACUCCUACGACUGCAAGCCCAUCAGCAUCGUCACUGGUUCCUACCCUCUGCGCUGAGCUCAACAUCGCGCCUCCGACAUACGUACUUUCGCCGACGUCUGUCCAAACACCCGAUUUCUGGGAUGGUGCAGCAAAGUUCGAGCAUGCGAUUGAUCCUUGCCUUCGCGGUGCAGUGGGCAAAGUCGAGAGGGUAUACGGCAAGAAGAACGCAAAGGAUAAAAUCGUACAGCAAGUCUUGGAGGUGUUGGAGGGCGUGAAGCAGCAGAGGAUGGCUGGAUGA